GCCACAGCACCCUCAAUCGUGAUCUAAAAAAAUAUCCAAAUGGCAAGUCGUAGAACUGUGAUAUAAUUUUAAUCGUGUAAUUUUAAUCAAGCGUCGUUUUGUUAAAAAAAAAAAGGAAAAAUAAACCGAUUCGUUUAACAUUAGUGCAAUAAAUUCAAAGACUGUUUUGUGUUUUCAACGUGCAUAAUUCAAUUCAUAAAUUGAUUCACAAGUUUUUUCAUGUAGCUGAAAAUUGGUUUUUCUCCUACUUGCUUGAUUUUAUUGAUUGUCAAAUGUGAGGUGAAAAAAAAGGAGGUCUUUUUGGAUUACAUACAUUUUUUGCACCUCAUGCCCAGUGAGGAGUUCGCAAAGCGAAAAUAUCACAGCUGAGGAGACAAUUUCCUGUUCACGAGAGAUUUUUUUUCUGUGUGGAAAAAAAUAGUAAGACGACGGAUAAAAAAAAAUAUUUCCAGUUCAAGAAUACCCAAGGAUUGCGCUCUACAAACGUCACACUAUAUAGAGCUCGUGUAUGAAAUGUUGGCGCAUGCGAGAUGGGUGGCAGAGAGGGAUGCAUCUCUACAUGUAUUUCAUAAAUACACCAAGUCCCAAGUUGACCAAUAAACAAGAAUACAUAGCACUUGGGAGUAUGUAUGCGUUCGAUUCACAAUAAUUGGGCCAAUUGACGGGGGAUGAUAAUCGAGGGAACGAUACUCUGGUGCUUUUCAUAUCCACCGACACGCGACAAUUCGCACCAUCUUCCCAUCAGAGUCAGAUGCAAUUAAAACCAGUGCAAGAUCAUACAGUUGAAUGAAAAGAAAAAGUUUUUUUUUUUUCUAUAAAAUAAAUAUCACAAAAGGAAGUUAAAAUAAUUGUGCAGAGGAGGUGGGUGUGUGUGUGGCAAGAAAGAAGAAUAGUUGUGAGUUGCUAGAAAAUGCCUACAUCAACAACAACAAUGAGUAGUGCACAGCAUUCUGGUGAGGAGAGCAGUAUUCUAAUAACAUCCAGUGCAGUAGUAUCAUCACCUGUAACAACGGUUGAAUCCAAUAUUGGGAGCAUACCGAAUGUCUUGCAAGACGAUAUGACACAGCAUCAGGAUACCACAAAUACCAACCCACUAUCAGUCUCACCAACUCCCGGGGUUGUCCUGGACGAGUCGACUACACCAUCAAUUUCAUUACUAAAUGGUGGAACAUUGCGCUCAUCUAAUAUAAUUACAACUUCGUCGGGAAAUAGUACUCACAGUAAUUCAUCAAUGAUGAGUGGCAGUGGAAAUUCCGUCAUGAACUUCACAUCGCACCAACAGCAGGGGGUCAAUGAUGAGAGCAGUUCGAAUCUCUGGCCAACAGGUGCUGAAGACAUUGCUGUUCCUUCCACUCAUAUAUCGGUGAAUGGGUACAGUAGUGGCUUUCAAAACUACUCUGCGGCCCCAUUGUUCAACGGUGGUGUGUCUGUGGCCGUUGCCCCGAACCACCAGCACCCCCGAAGGGCCAUUACAGCAUCCCACACUGGCAAUGGUAGUGGUUCGAACAUUGUAAGUGGAUAUUCACAACACCACGGGCUAUCACCCACGGCCAUUGGGCGGCAAUCGUCCAUGCAGCACCAACAGAGCAAUAUGUCGGGUGGCCAGCAGCAGAAUCACCAUCAAAAUCUCUUCAAGAAUUCAUACCCAGCAUGGUCCAAUCCACCACCCUCAAUUGCCUGGCCAUUGCAGGGCAAUCAGAAUCAUCAGGCAACUUUGGGUGCAUGGAAUCGCGGGCGUUCAGUACCAAAUCUCAAUCCCCUGUCCACGGGUGGGAUUCAGCAAUCGCGAAAGCCAACAUCACCCAAUCCACCAUGUCACUCACCCUUUGGCUCAUUAAUCAAUUCUGGAGCACAGGGCGGCAUGGGUGGGCAGAAUUCGUCAAUAUCACCCAUGAAGUAUCGCCGGAGUACUUCAUUCCCAGGAAAAGUUUCCGUUGGUCCACUAGAAAUUAGCAAUAUCGACGAUACCCGAGAUACAUUUAUGGCAUAUCAGCAGGAGCGUGGCCUGGGAAAUGGGUUGGAUAUGAGAACACUGGAGCACUGCCUCAGCGAUAUUAUGAGAGGUGUAACAGAUUGUGGAUCAUCAGAACAUUUUAAAGGUUUCCAAGGGAGCAACAUUAACUCUUUGCAAUCAAUGGCGCAAUUACAUGGGAAACCCUUUUUCCAAGGAAUCGACGAUCACAUCCCGGAGGAAGCUGGUGGAUUUGUGGAUAAUAGCGUAAUGCCACUGAAUUCACCAACACGCUCUUCGCCGCAUUCACAGAACUCGGAGAGUGUUGAGCGCUUUUCGCGCAAAGUCUUUGUCGGUGGACUUCCUCCGGAUAUCGAUGAAGAUGAGAUAACGUCCUCCUUCCGACGAUUUGGCCCACUGGUUGUGGAUUGGCCCCAUAAAGCUGAAUCCAAGUCAUACUUCCCACCGAAAGGCUAUGCCUUUCUCCUUUUCCAGGAUGAAAGCAGCGUACAGCAACUUAUUGAGGCUUGUAUCACGGAUGAAGAUAAGCUGUACUUGUGUGUGUCAUCGCCAACAAUAAAGGAUAAACCAGUCCAAAUCCGCCCGUGGCGUCUUUCAGAUGCGGAUUUCGUCUUAAAUGCAUCCAUGCCGUUGGAUCCGCGGAAGACUGUGUUUGUUGGUGGUGUCCCAAGACCUUUGAAAGCAUUUGAGCUGGCAAUGAUAAUGGAUCGAUUGUACGGAGGUGUUUGCUAUGCCGGUAUCGACACCGAUCCAGAACUUAAGUAUCCAAAGGGAGCUGGACGUGUGGCUUUUGCCAAUCAGCAGAGCUACAUUGCAGCCAUUUCGGCAAGAUUCGUUCAACUCCAGCAUGGGGACAUUGAUAAGCGUGUUGAGGUGAAACCUUACGUUCUCGAUGACCAAAUGUGUGAUGAAUGCCAAGGUCAGCUGUGUGGAGGGAAGUUUGCACCCUUCUUCUGUGCAAAUGUUACCUGCUUACAGUACUACUGUGAGCAAUGCUGGGCCACGAUUCAUUCAAAAACCGGACGUGAGUAUCACAAACCGCUAGUGAAGGAAGGUGCCGACCGACCACGUGCCGUUCCAUUUCGCUGGUGUUAAAAAAAGGCACAUCAUUGAUUAAAAAAAAAAACAUACAAAAAAUGUAUUUAAAUGUAACUUAAAGCCUUCCAAAAGGACAGGAAAGGCGUCUUAUUGCGUUAACUUUUUUAAAACAAACAAACAAAAAUCUAUAUUGAUGUAAAACAAAUGAGAUAGCAUUACGAAUUGGAAUCUAAAAAAAAAUUCUGAAGAGACCACCAACUGCAAAAAAAAACAAUGGAAGAAUUUGAAAAGUUGGUGGAGUAAAUGGAAAAAAAAGAAAACGAUAAAUUCUUCCAAAUAGUCAUCGGAUAAACUAUAUUUUUACGUAGUCAAAUCGAUUAGAAUGAACUUUUAACAAUUUAUAAUAUUUUUAUCUAUUUAUAGUUAUAUGAAUAUUAUUAAAAAAAAAAUAACGAGUAUGCCUACCCAAAAUUUUUAUAUAACAAUGAAACAACAAUUUUUCAAUUUGUUAUUGUUUUUUUUUCUUCAUAUUUUCUUGUUUUGUGUUAGAACAAUUUUUUAAAAAUUGUUUCUUUUUUUAUUUGUGUUACAUUAGUUAAUUAUUCUUAUUAUUAAUUAAUAUUGUGUUGUUAAUCAUAAAUCAAAUUGAUACAUCUUGUUGUUUCAUGUUAUCUUAUAGUGAAUGAAAAAAACAUAGACAUAUGAUUUGAACUUAAAUUUUAGAAGAAGAAAAAAAAUCAUAUGCGCGUAAUAGAAGAGUCCAAAAAAAACACAAUUUUACAUAAAUAUAUAAAUAAAUUAUAAAUAAUGAAACAACAAAUUUUUAGGCAAAGAUCUUUCAUAAAAGAAUGCAUAUAAUUAUGUAUAACAAGAAUUAUAUAUAAUAAAAACUUGUAAAUCUUCAUGUAUAAAAAACCAAAAUAAUAAAAAAAAACAAAUUUCCCUCUAUCGUAAAAACAAAACAAAAAAUAUUUAAAUUUUUAAUUAUUAAUGGAAAUGAAAGUAACUUAUUUAAAAAAAAAAAACAAAGAAAUGCAUAGCAAGAACCCUAGAUAACCGAAUUGAAUUGAUCUCUUCUUCAUGUACAUAGAUUUUUAAAUGCAAGAUUAGUCAAAAAAAAAAAAAAAGAAAAACAAUCUCUUUUUGUUUCAUUAUUUAUUUCCUUCUCAUUUUUUUCGUUCAAUAUAUUGCUAUUAAUUACAAAUUCAGACGUGAAAAUCCUGAUAAAUAUCCUGUGAAGAUGUGAAAAAUCUGUAUUAGUCAAAUUUAAAAAGAAAAAAAAAUCUAAAUAAAAUCAAAUGAUAUUUUGUAAUGAACAAAUAAAAAUAAAAAACAAGGAUGCGAAGUAAAAAAAAAACAGAGAAUUAUUCUUGAAACAUCACUUCGCUAAUCCCAUGAGAGAUAAAAAAAAGAACUUUUGAAAAAUUCUAAUAUUAUUUUUAUAAAUGUACUGAGAAUGUGUAUUGAAUAUACAAUAUUAUAUAGUAAUCAAAUAUCGUUUAUACUUUUAUAUAUUUUUAUGAUGUAAAUAAAAUAUAAUUAUUUUUAUUACGUAACAACGGUAAAACCAGAUUUUCGAGAAAAAAAAUAAAGAAAAUGUUUAUAAUGAUGGAUAAAUGAAAAUUAAAGUAAAUUCGUUAUAACUGAGCAGGAGACAAAUGUAAAAGAAAUAUAUUUUUUCCUUUUUCUAAAUGGAAAGUAAAAAAAAAAUGAAGAAAGAAAACUUUUUAGAAACAUUUUGUUAUUAAAUAUUUUAAGUAUUUUUAUUCGUGAAAAUGUAAAAUCUUAUCAUCAAGAUGACAGCAUCUUCAAAAAAAAGAAGAAGAAACUUAGAAAAAUUUUUCAGAACCGUCAAGAGAAUAUAAAAUUGCAUCUAAUAGCAGAUUUAAAUGUAAUUCCAUAUUUACUUCUUCUAUAGAGUAACAUAUAGUUGACAAAAAAAAUAAAAUUCUGAACCACAGAUGAGGAGAAAACUAAAGAAGAGAUUAAAGAAAUAAUAAAAGAAAAACCAAGUUAGGAAGAUAAUUUUCUAGGAAUCGUCCUAUAUUUUCAUAAUAAACUUAUUCACAACGUUGCAAUAUACAUAAUGUUAAAAGAAACUCAUGAAGAUUAUGGAAAUGAAACAAGAAAAAAAAUAUUACCUAAUCAAAUAAAUAAAAGAAAUGCAUUGCAACUGAAAGAAAAUAAUACCAAAAAAAAACUCUAAGAGAAAAUAAUUAAAUUAAAUUAAAUUAAAAAAAAAGAAAAUAUGAAUAUUUUGAUGUUAAAGCCUUUGCAAAACAAGUUUAAAUAGAAACCAGUGAGUUUGUUUUUAUUCAAUUAUUCAAAAUAGUUUUCUUUCAAUGAACUCGUGUAAUUUUUAUCUUGGUCAGAAGUCAAUGAAAAAAAAAAACUUAAUAAAAGGAAUAAGUUUGUUCACAAGAAAAUAAGAAUAACAAGGACACUCAAUGGGGCUAAGAGUGUGUAGAGAAGAAUGCAGGAUUUAAUAAUAAAUAUUAAACACGGAAUAGUUAAUGAGAAAUAAAGUAGAUAAAAAUUAUAAGAGAACAUAACUAGUGAAAUUUUUCAGAAAUCUAAUAACUUACACAUAAAUAUAAAGAAAAUAAUAAUUAAAAAUUUAAUGGCGUAUAAUACAAACUGUAUAAUCUUAUAUCUUUAUUGAUAUUUCAACAACAACAAAGAGUGGCUGGAGAAGAACUAUGGAGUAGUGUAUUUAGUUUUCUCGAAAAGAAAAUCAAGGAUUAUUUAUUGAUUGAAAGGAGAAGAAUUGAGUGGAAUAUAUAUAUAAAUAUUUCGAUUUCUUUUUUCAUAAAAAAAAACUAAAAUAUAGUCAUAUUCUAUCAUUACCUAGCUAAAUUUUUAAUAAAACAAAAAUUAUCUUUAGAAAAAAAAUCGAUAAAAUAUUUCGAAAGAAAAAAAAAUGUAAAAAUGAGUUAUAUUUAUUUUUUAUUAUUUUUUUGUUUCGUUUUUGUUACCUUUUGUAUAAAAAAAAAAGAAUAUUUUUUAUGUACUUACAAAGAAAAUGAUCGCCGUAGUGAUUUUUGCAUAUUAUAUGUAAUUUUUUGAUAUGUAGUGGUAAAAGAAAAUUUGAAGUUUAUGAAAUAUUUGAAAUAUAAAUUAAUAUUUCUUCUUUAUUUUUUUUUCAAAUAGAAAAUUUUGAGAAAAAAAACAUAAUAUUAUAUACAUUGGGAUUUCAUAUGCUCAUCCUAGAAGAAGAGAUGAAAAUAAAUAAUAAAUCAUACACAAAAUAAUACGAAUAUUUCGUAUGCGAAAUUUUACACAAAAAAAUGAAGAAAAAAAACGUUUUCUAUUUAAAGAUUUUAUUUUGAAAAUAUAUAAGGCGUAAAUAAUAUUAUAUUAAAAAAAAUAAAUAAAAAUGAACAUAUCAAAUAUUUGAAAACUUCAAAUGAAAAGAAAUGCAAUGGAGAUGCCAUUUUUUAUGUAAAUACCUAAAUCAGUAUGUUUUUUUUGGUUGAGAAAACUAUAAACCGUGAAUAAAGAUGAGAAGUCAAAUGGAUACCAAAAAGAUAAGAAAAAACAUGAUAAUGUCAAAUAAGGGUGUUUAAAAAACACCAAUACAAAUGUAACAAAAAAAAACGCGCGCAACAUGCAAAAGAAAUUUAUUUUUUGAAUAUGUUGAGCGUGAAAUGUGAAGAAAUAGUCUAAAUUGGUGUGAUAAUUUAAGACACAAUUAAAAAAAGAAAGAAAGAAAAUAUAAUUUUGUCUUAUCUCAUCUAUUUACCAAUUAAAAAAUAUUUUAUUGUUAUAUAACUUAAACCAACAGUAAAACUUAAAAAAAGAAAAGAAGAAAUAAUGCAAAUAUUACACAUAUAUAUUUUAGCUGACGAACUUUUAUAUUGCAGUUGUUACCUAACAAAAAUAUAUAAAAGAUGAAAAAUAAAUCGUGAUGAUAGUCGAAAGGAUAAAUAAGAAAAGUAUAAAAAUAAACACAUAGAAUUAUUUGAAGAUAAAAAAAUAUUAUACUUCAAAAUUCUGUUGAACCUCUUGCAUUGAUUAAAUCAUAAUUAAUAAUUAAUUAUGUCCUUGAUUUCCUUGUUCAUUUUCAAAAUAAAUUUCAACAUAAAAGAGGUUUUCAGUAAUUCAAAUUUUUUUUCUAAAUAUUUUUGAUAAUUUUUCUUCCAACAUUUUUUUUUAAAUAUUUAAAUAAAAGCAGAUCAUAGCUAAUACAAAAAAAACAGAUAAUAGAAAUAUUAUCUAAUAUGGAAUAGGAUGAAAGAGAAGUAGUACAUGCGGGUAGUUGUAUUCAUAAACAAAAAAAUGUAGUGAAAGGUAAAACAAAAAAAAACAAUCUCUAUAUAACGAUUUUUCAAAGGCCUACAGCUUUUUACAAAAAGUCUCAUCUUUAAGAAAAAAGCACCAUUUUGGUAAACAUAAAAAAAAUGCUCUUAAAAAUAUCUCAAUAUUUCAAUAAUAUACCUAUCGUUUAACAACUACAAAAACUUAACAUUGAUUUUUUUCCUUAACUACUGUUUAACUAAAAAUGCUUUUAGUAAUAUUUUUUUUAAAUAAAAAUUACCAUAGACUAGAAAAAAUAUUUUAUGGAUAAAAAGGAGGCUAUUGAGCUAUAUAAGGGAAUUGCGCUGGGUCAAGAAAACAAUUUUGACCCGCAUGAACUUUUAGGUAAUCGGAAACGAAUAAGAAAUCAACAGAAAAACUUAAAUUUUUCAUUUGGGAUCACUGAAAAAAAAAGACAAUUUUAAGUUUUUCUGAUGUUUUCUUAUUCUUUUCCGAUUCCCUUAAAAGUUCAUGCGGGUCAAAAUUGCUUUCUCAACCCAUGGCAACACCCAUAUAUAGCUGAAUAAUCUCCUUUUCUUAGAAGAGAAAGCGCGAGAAAUAUUUUAGAAGAAAAAAAAACAUAGAAUGAAAAUGAAUGAAAGUUUACUUUUUUCACCCAAAAAAAAAAAGCCACGCGAUGACAAAAAAAUAAAAGAAAAAAGACAAAAUCAAAGCAAAGGUGAAAAGCAAUAAUGUGUAAUUUUUGUACUAAAAUUAAAAAGAUUUAUUCAAUCGAUAGAAAAAAGUUGGAUAGAGAAAUUAUUUCUUCAAUCCUAAAAACAAAAAAAAUAUAAAAGAAAACCAAAGUUUUAUAAACUAAAGCGUCACUAUAAUUUUUUUUACUGUCUUUAUAUUGAAUAAAACAAACUAAGUUUUUUUUUACAUUAUAUAAAUUAGUGAUAAAUCUCCAAAAAUUAUUUAUUGAUUUAUUCAAACUUCAAUAGAUUUAAAAAUUCCUUUGAUUCUCUGCACCAAAUCAUUUUUUUUAAUAUUAUUUUUUUUUAUUUUGUACAUUUUAUUCCGAAUUUCGUGAAAACGAGGAAUUACUUUAAAAUUAGUUCAUUGUUUUUUUUUAACUGUUCCUACUGCAAUAGAUAGAUUGUAUUUUAUUUUAAAUAUUAUUAAUAGUUUUUUUUUUUAAUUUCACGUUCAUAUCUUUCCUAAUGGGUUCUAGGACGCAUUUCAAAUAAAAAUGAUUUUGCAAUGAAAUUUUUUAAAUUACGAGAUACCCAAAUUGGUUAAAAAAAAACGAUAAAUCAGUAUUGGUUUUGGACUUAUGUAUGUUUCGGUUUUACUAACUUUCUUAUUAUUUUUUAUUGUGAUUUGUUUGUGUGAUAAUUUAGAGAAAAUAAUUAGAUAAAUUAUUUAUUUAAUUUUCAAAAGAAACCUGAAAUUUUCCUUUUUCUAAUUAGAAAAAUAGUUUAAUCUAGACAAAAUGUAAAAGAUUUAAAAUUUUAAUUUAUAAAUGGUCCUGGAGUCCCAAUAUGAACGAACAGUGUUAAUUUUUUUUAUUAUAGGUACAUUUAAGACGAUUCACUUUAUCCUCUAAAAUGCCUUUCAUGUGAAUCUUUCAAUUAAUUUUUCCAGUAGAUAACUACAUCCAGAAUACCUCUGAUAUUCCUCAUUGUGAUCGGAAAUUCGGAAUAAUUGUUUUUUUUUUAUGAAUAAAAAAGUGCAAAAUCUCUAGAGAACCUUAUUUAUUUUUAAUCACACCAUUUUGCUGAUUUAUUUACAAAAUAUGGAGUGAUAAUAAGAAUUUAUUUUCAAACACUGUGGAGCAUAUUUUGUUCUCAUUUGCAAUCGGUAGACGAAAUAAAGAUUCAAUCUUUGUUCAUUGGAUUGUUUUUUAUAUACAAUUUUUUCUUAUAUUUAUAUUAAGAAAUCCUUUUUUAUUGUUAAUGAGUUCAAUAUAUUUUUGUAAAGAAAUUGAUAAAAAAAAGGAAAAAAAUAUUUCGGUGCCAUUUUUCCAUUAACUAAAAGAAAUCUUUCUUAAACUUACUUCGGAAAUAUUUGCUAUAUAAUGUAAGUGUAGUAAAUUCUUUUAGAUAAAUGAACUUGAAAAGUAAAUUUAACAAACAAAAAAUCAGCAGAUGUUUCUCCAAAAAAAAGUAAUUAUUAAUUAAUUAUUUUUAUUUUUUAUUUAUGUGGUGGUAUUGUGUUACGAGUUUCACGAUUUUUUGUCCAUUAUUUUUUUUUGUAUAAAUUCACUUUUGUUAUGCAAUUUUGAAUAUUUUAUUAAAGCAAUUUGUUAUGUUAUUUUUAUGAAUUAUUUUGUAUAAUAAAAUAAUAAGUUCUGUAGUAAAUACAUUUUAUAAAUACUAUAUAUUUGAAUAAAGUUUUCAACUAUAUGUUUUUAAA